AUGUCUUUAUCAGAAGCCAAUAUCGAUAAGGCACCGAAGGUCGUCCUCCAUUGGCUUGAAGUUUCUCGCUCUCAUCGUAUUUUAUGGUUGUUAGAAGAGAUUGGCGUCAAGUAUGACCUCAAGACCUACAAGCGAACCAAAGCAGGGCUUGCUCCUCCGGAGUUGAAGGAAGUGUACCCUCUGGGCAAGUCCCCCGUGCUUACGAUUGAGCCUCAUGGCUCCACCACGCCUAUCGUACUUGCAGAGUCGGCCGCGAUUACCGAAUACCUGUGCGACUACUUUGGGACAUGGCUUGUCCCCCAACGAUAUCGACAGGGCCAGGAUGGCCAGAUUGGGGGUGAAUCUGAAUCAUGGUUACGAUUCCGGAUGCUUAUGCACUACGCAGAAGGCAGUUUGAUGCCUUUGAUGCUCCUUGGCGUCAUCGUUCAGAAAAUCAGGACGUCCCCUGUACCAUUCUUCAUCAGACCAAUUACGAAUGGUGUGGCAGGCAAGAUUGAAUCAGGCUUUCUAUCGACAAACUUCAAGACUCAUUACGACUUUCUUGAGGGACAAUUGAAGACAUCGCCUGAUGGGGGUGGCUUUUUGUGUGGUAAAGAUCUUACCGCUGCGGAUAUCAUGCUGUCAUUCCCCUUAGAAGCAGGACAGAGCCGUACAGGAUUCACCAAGGAGAAUUACCCACUCGUGUGGGAGUACAUCGACCGACUUCAUGAAAGAGAUGCUUAUAAAAGAGCUACCCAGAAGAUCAUUGAUAUUGAGGGAGAGUUUAAAACCACUCUUUGA